AAUGCAUGACAGUAGUUGCCGUUACUAUGGCAAUGAUUGCACGCAAACAAACUCUGUGUUCGUACUUAAGCUGGGAUGGAGUUGAGGGAGUAUUCAUUUCUGACAUUUGCUAUUCCUUACUCUAAGCAAGAAACGAUUUCUUAAUUCAAAAUGCGUGAGUGCAUCUCAGUUCAUCUCGGUCAAGCUGGAGUACAGAUUGGUAAUGCUUGCUGGGAACUCUACUGCCUGGAGCACGGUAUCCAGCCUGAUGGUCAGAUGCCUUCUGACAAGACCAUCGGCGGAGGGGACGACUCUUUUAACACUUUCUUUAGUGAGACCGGAGCUGGUAAGCACGUCCCUAGGGCGGUGUUCCUUGAUCUGGAGCCAACUGUUGUAGACGAAGUGAGGACUGGAACCUACAGACAGCUCUUCCAUCCCGAGCAGCUCAUCACUGGCAAGGAGGAUGCUGCUAACAACUACGCUCGUGGUCACUAUACUAUUGGAAAGGAGAUUGUUGAUCUCUGCCUGGAUAGGAUCAGAAAACUAGCUGACCAGUGUACUGGACUCCAGGGAUUCCUUGUCUUCCACUCCUUCGGUGGAGGUACCGGAUCCGGGUUCACCUCUCUUCUACUGGAAAGACUGAGUGUGGACUACGGCAAGAAAAGCAAGCUCGAGUUCGCCAUCUACCCCUCCCCUCAAGUUUCCACUGCUAUCGUGGAACCCUACAACUCUGUCCUCACCACCCACACCACUCUCGAGCACUCAGACUGUGCUUUCAUGGUCGACAACGAGGCUGUCUACGACAUUUGCCGCAGGAACCUGGACAUUGAGAGACCCACCUACACCAACCUCAACAGGCUCAUGGGACAGAUUGUCUCCUCCAUUACUGCUUCCCUCCGAUUUGACGGUGCCCUGAAUGUUGACCUGACAGAGUUCCAGACCAACUUGGUUCCCUACCCCAGGAUCCACUUCCCUCUGGUGACCUAUGCUCCAGUUAUCUCAGCUGAGAAGGCCUACCACGAGCAACUCUCUGUUGCUGAGAUCACCAACGCCUGCUUUGAGCCUGCCAACCAGAUGGUGAAGUGUGAUCCCCGACACGGCAAGUACAUGGCUUGUUGUCUCCUUUACAGAGGAGAUGUUGUCCCCAAGGACGUCAACGCUGCCAUUGCUACCAUCAAGACCAAGAGAACCAUCCAAUUCGUCGACUGGUGUCCCACUGGAUUCAAGGUUGGCAUCAACUACCAGCCCCCAACAGUUGUUCCCGGAGGUGAUCUUGCCAAGGUUCAGAGAGCUGUGUGUAUGUUGUCCAACACCACUGCCAUCGCUGAGGCCUGGGCCCGUCUGGAUCACAAGUUCGAUCUCAUGUAUGCCAAGAGAGCCUUUGUCCACUGGUAUGUAGGAGAGGGAAUGGAAGAGGGAGAGUUCUCCGAGGCGAGGGAGGAUCUGGCUGCUCUGGAGAAGGACUACGAAGAGGUUGGUGUUGACUCUAUUGAAGCAGAAGGAGAAGAGGGAGAAGAGGAAUACUAAACUUUCAGUUACCAUGGUUACUAAACUUUCAGAUGCUGUUUUCAGACUACGGACUUUAAAACUACAAACUUUCAGACAACGGACUCAGAAUUGGAUUUUCAGAAUACGGACCUCGGUCCGGCCCCGGAUUUUACCGGAAUUUGUAAAUAAUUUGUAAAUAAUUUGUAAAUACAUACUUGUACAAAGUCGAAAAAUGAAUUAAAAACAAAACUUA